ACUGCCUUGUGGCAAGUGAAAUGGCCUAGGACAUGAUUCAGAGAGCAGAGAUUGAUAGCGUCAGUAAAGCAGGUACAUUGAAUUUCAAUCCUGAUGCUGCUGAUUCCAUUCCUGGAGAAAGACAACCUACAGAUAUAAACUGGGUAAAUAAAGAUAGGAAAGACUCUAACAGUAAUCAGAAUAGAAGUAAUUUAUCAUUUCCUAGUCUAUCUUCUGAAAGAGGUACAGACUAUGAAAGCUCUUCCACAAAGCAUCAUGGGUUUUGUAAUCCAGAAAGUCAAUAUGGGAAUUCUGAAGACUUCCACCAGUCUUUUAAUACUAGUAAAAGUUUGAAGAAUCGCAACUUGCCAAGCCAGAGAUUGCACAGAUCAAGAAAUGAUAGCACAUGUACUAGAAAUAAGAUGAGGCAAAGUACUGCUGAGGCUGCUGCAGGUCCUGGUGUUUCAGAUGUUGCUAUAGUACCUAGUAGAAGAGCACCUCCUAGAGGAUACAAUGAUUUUCUCUCCUCAGAGAGUGACAGGGAGGUACCUAAUGCAGAUAGCAGAGGAGCAAAGCCAAAGAAAACGCAUCUGAUGCAUACGUCUGGAAGAGGUUUCAGGGAGAAGGGAAAGCAAGUACAUGACCGUGAAAAAAGAGUGAGCUCUAACAAGAAAGUAGAGCUGUUUGAAAAUGUUCCAUCUUUGGAUUUAACACAAUCUGACUCUUCAGAAUCAUCUGUUGGAAAGGCAUUCUGUGAUGCACCUGUUGGUAGUGGGGAUGAGCAGAAAGGCUACAAUUAUGUAAACAAAAGAUAUCCCCGGAAGCCUGUGUGGAAUAAACCCUCUGCAGAAAAAGAGUGUCAGAAAAGACAUGAUUCUCACUGUAGUAAAAACACAAAAGUAGGUAAGAAGUCUUCUAUUGCAUAUACUCCGAAAGAUAAAAAUGAGAGGAAGAAAGAACUCCCUGUCCACAAAAACGAUGAAAACUUGACCAAGGAAGUCAGGCAUCAAUUGUCUGAGUCCCUCAGACUCAAUGGAAGAAAGUUCCUUCUAAAGGGGGAUCAGGCACCUGCACUUCAUUUUAGCUGGACCCAGUACUGGAAAAAGCAAAGUGAUGUACCAAAAAACAAAGAAACUCAUACAGGGUCGUUGAUUGAACAGCUGACCACAGAAAAGUAUGAGUGCAUGGUAUGCUGUGAGGUGGUCCGAAUAGUAGCCCCAGUGUGGAGCUGUCAGAAUUGUUAUCAUGUAUUCCACCUUAACUGUAUUAAGAAGUGGGCACGAUCACCAGCUUCACAAGCGGAAGAUGGCAAUAGUGGUUGGAGAUGUCCAGCUUGUCAGAAUGCUUCUGUGCAAGUUCCUAAGACUUACACUUGUUUCUGUGGUAAGGUGCACAAUCCUGAAUGGAAUAGAAAUGAAAUCCCACAUAGCUGUGGGGAGCUUUGUGGAAAGAAGAGACAGUGUUUGGACUGUCCACAUCUUUGUAACAUUCUUUGUCAUCCGGGACCAUGCCCUUCAUGCCCAGCCUUUGUGACAAAAUCAUGUGAAUGUGGACAAACAAGUCAUUCAGUUCGCUGUGGCCAGUCAACAAAAAUUCGUUGUUCUAAUGUAUGUGGAAAUACUUUAAACUGUGGUAAGCACAGCUGUACUCAAGUGUGCCAUGCAGGAAAAUGUUCACCUUGCCAGUUAACGGUACAACAAGUGUGUUACUGUGGAAGCAACUUUAAAGAAGUAUUGUGUGGGUCAAAGGAAGAAUUCUCUGAUGGAUUUGGGAGUUUCUCAUGUCAGAAUAUAUGUGGCAAGAAAUUAAAUUGUGGGAGGCACAACUGUAAGCAAGUAUGCCAUCCUCAGCCUUGCCAGCUUUGUCCACGACUUCCACAAGUAGUGUAUCGCUGUCCCUGUGGUCAGACUCCUCUCAGCAAGUUACUGGAACUAGGAUGUGUUGAACGUAAAAUAUGCACAGAUCCUAUCCCGUCAUGUGGAAAAACAUGUGGCAAACCUCUUUCUUGUGGUAGCUAUGAGUUCGUUCAUACAUGUGAAAGCCUUUGCCACGAAGGAGACUGUAGACCAUGUUCUCACACAUCAAAUAUUUAUUGUAGGUGUGGCUUCAAAAAAAAGGAAGUCCCAUGUGCUCUUCUCAGAAAUAAAGCUGCAAUUACAUUCAUGUGUGACAAGCGAUGCAACAAGAAAAGAUCAUGUGGACGACACAAGUGUAAUGAAGUUUGCUGUGUGGACACAGAACAUAAGUGCUCCUUGGUUUGUGGUCGUAAACUCAACUGUGGGCUUCAUAGAUGUGAAGAACCCUGUCAUCGGGGCAGUUGUCAAUCAUGCUGGCAAACAAGUUUUGAUGAGUUAACUUGUUAUUGUGGUGAAUCUGUGAUUUACCCCCCUGUCCCCUGUGGCACUCAGCCACCAGAGUGUAAAAAAACAUGUACCAGGCCACAUGACUGUGAUCAUCCAGUGUACCAUUCAUGUCAUAGUGAGGAGAAGUGUCCACCCUGUACUUAUCUCACUCAGAAAUGGUGUAUGGGCAAGCAUGAACUGCGAAGUAAUAUUCCUUGUCAUCUCACUGACAUUUCCUGUGGACUUCGCUGCAAUCAAAUGCUAAAAUGUGGGAUGCACAAAUGUAAAAGAAUCUGUCAUAAAGGAGAAUGUCUUGUAGAUGAAGAAUGUAAACAGCCGUGUAUUAUUCCAAGGCUUUAUUGUAAUCAUCCCUGUAUGGCUCCGUGUCAUCCUUCAUCACCCUGCCCAACAACCUCAUGCUGUGCAAAGGUUAAUCUUCAGUGUGAAUGUGGAAGAAGAGAGGAGAGUAUGAUUUGUUCAGAAGCAUCUAAUACGUAUCAAAGAAUAGCUGCUAUAUCUAUAGCCACUAAGCUAACGGAUCUACAGCUUGGGGAUUCCGUGGAAAUCAGUAGGCUUAUUACGAAAAAAGAAAUGAAGCAAGCCAGGUUGCAAUGUGAUGAAGAAUGCUUAGCCCUUCAGAGGAACAGACGUCUUGCUGAAGCUCUUGAAAUAGAUGAUAAUUCUGAUCCUUUUAACAUCCGUUCUUCUGGACCAAAGUACAGUGACAUUUUAAAAGAAGAUGCAAGGAAGGAUUUAAAAUUUGUCAGUGACAUUGAGAAGGAAAUGAGAAUGCUCGUGGAAGCUGUGAAUAAGGGCAAGCAUACAAAGAAGAGUCAUUGUUACCCGCCAAUGAACAGAGAUCACCGCAGAAUCAUCCAUGAAUUAGCUCAGGUUUAUGGUAUUGAAAGUGUGAGCUAUGACAACGAACCAAAGCGCAAUGUUGUUAUUACUGCAGUGAAAGGGAAAUCCAUUUGUCCAAGCAAUACCUUAACUUCUGUGCUAGAUAAAGAAAUGCAGAGCAGGCCUCCACCUCCUAUUCCUCAUUACAAACAAACAGAUAGGAGUAGUGGAAAUAUUGGCUUAUCCAAACCAUUAAAAGAAGAGCCAGUAAUUGACUACUUUGAUGUCCAGGACUGAAGUGAUUGAUGUAUAAUCAUUCAGAUGUAUCAGAAUCAUGUUGAUUAUGAUACAGAAGUUUAAAGGUGAAGAUACUAAGUUAUUGUGUGAGGUGCUUUUUGAUUAUCUGUCAAAUGAUCAGUUGUUCAGCAUAUUCAUGAUUUAACAUCUACAGUUAGAUAGAUUGUGAUAGUUUAAAAAGUUAUGCAUUUUAACAGUUUACGUGAGUGCAUAAUAUCUAAUAGUAGUAUAGCUUUUUAAACCUGGGUUUGUUGCAAUUUUUAAUCUAAUGUGCUGUCAGAAUGAUGUAUAUUUUCGUUGAUGCCUUCAAAGCAAGAGAACUGGUGGUAAUCAAAUGUAUUUUUGAGAUAUUAAGAACAACAAUAAAUCACUAUGAUUUAUUUUGACAGAUCAUACACAAAUUUAAAAUAGACCAGAAAUAAUCUGUGAUAAAAAUACUGGUCAGAAAAUUUUCAAAGUAUUUUCAUGUUUUAUUAAUCCACUUUUGUGUUAAUGGGAUAAAUUUAGGAAUUUGAGUUACUCUUUUACAUGGAAGGAAAUAUAAAACUUAAGUAUGAAUAUAUAGAUAAAUGCCUAUUAAGAGCGCAGACUUUCUGUAGUAUCUGAAGAACCAGCAUUUGGGGCAGGUGGGGAUUACAAGUUACUUUACUUUAUCUCAAAUUUGAUGUGUUAAAACAGAAAAAAAACCAAACAGGCAAAAACAAAGGAAAAAACCCAAGCCAAACAACAACAAACCCAACCCUACAACACAAGAUUACUACUAUAACUUGGUUUAGUAGUACUUAAUAACAUCAUCUUUGUUCAAGACCUUGAACAAAAUCAAAAAUCAGACUUUAUAUGUAUUUUGGUGUUCUGUGCAUGGUUUUAUUGGGGCUUACAUUUUUUUCUGUACUGUGCAAGCUUAAGAUGAAUGUGUGAGGUUUGGUUUAAGUAUGUUAUGAAUUUGGAAUAAUAUUUGUAAAAUUUAUAAGACCAUCUGCCUAAACUGUUUGACAGUGGAAGAUCUUUGUUUUAUGGAAAUGCCAUCAACAAAAUGGGAUGACAGUUUAAACACUGAAAGAGACCAGAGUGGUCUUAUAGAUGGUGAAUUGUUUCCAGAUCUUGAUUUAAGAUAGAUGAGUAGCUCUCUGGGAGAGGAGAUUGUAGGUCUGAUUGGAAGAGGUGGUACAGCUCUGAAUUUGAGUUAUAUCUGUUCUCUUGAGGAGAAGGGUUUUUAUAUUAAUAACUUUAGGAACUCUGACACUGAUGCACUCUUUUUCUUGAUCCUUGUGGUUGCUAUAAUUAGCACUAGAGGUGAGUCCACUGCACUGCAUCAGAGGCUGCUGCUAAAAGGGCCUUAGCAUGAAGAAGAAACAGAUCUAGCAGGUGACUUGGUCAUCUGUUGAUUUAAUUUUCAGCCAGCAUGUUGUAGUGUGAGAUUUGUUGCCAAGAAAAUGGAAGGCAGUUAUGCAUGCUUAGAUUCACUUAGAGUUAUCAUAUGACCCUGAGCCUUAACUAGAAAGCAUUCUGUGGCUACAUUCCAAUUGAACAGCUCAUGAAACAUGAAAGAACGAGCAGCAAAUUCAUAGACCGUAUCUGUCCCCCAAACGUUUUGAAAAUUAAAAUGCAUGCUAUUAUCAUUUAUUUUUGUAGGAGUUUGUUGUUUCACAUUUUUAAAAAUGCAGUCUUAAACUUUUUGAAGUGCUUCAGGUAGAACAGGUACCCUCAGGAGUGUUCAGGCUUCUAAUUUAUAUGUAGUGAUUUAAAUUGGGUUUAUGUAUUUUUGUCUAAUACUUUGUGAACAGAAAUGAAAAAUGAAUCAAUACAGCUUAUAUUGCCACUAAUUUCUUAAGCAAAUUACGGUUUGAUUCUACAAGGUGUAAUGCCUUGGUAAGGUCAGCUGAAGAAUAAGUUACUCUGCAUCUUUCCAGGAACGUAUUUCUUCAAUCCCUUCAUUGUAAGGAGUGAGUAUAUGUAUGAAAAGCUUGCAGACAUGUGCCAGCUCAGUGUGACCAAAUGAAGGUUAUUUCUGAUUUUGAAACUCAGAGCUAUAGCACUGAGUUAAUACAGCAAGGAUUUCAAGCUAGUAAGACCUUUAGGGAGAAUGUACAUAGUUAUACUGCAAAGGUAGGGUUCUGGACAGGAGCUGGUACACAUUUCCAGUGAACUGAGUUAGAUGCAUAUACACUGGAACACAUAUAGACCCAACAUUACAGAAAACCAAGGUGAUUUAGUUUAUAAUAAAUAGAAUAAAGCUGAAGCCUUCUAACUUUUCACAGUUUCACAUGAAUAUAGUCAAAACAUCACAUUUACACCUCUGAUUUGAAAUUUAAAACUUAAAAGGUUUUCAUAGCAUUAUUUUUAGCUCUGCUUUUCGGAAUUCUCAUCAGAUUAUGGCUUUAAGAAAAAAAUGUGAACCUUGUUGAGAUGCACUUCAGCAAUCAAGUAUCUGCCACUGCUUGUAAUAAGAAAACAGAGGUAGUCUUUAGCUUCUCAAGAAUUAUUACUGAAUCUUUUAAUACUGAGAAGUCAUCCUUCCAUCACUAACCUCUUAACUACAUGAAUGUUAAAAGAUUUUUAUAGAUCCAUAUGUCACACGUCUCUAAAUCAUGGCUGUUGGAGCAUACCUGUAGUUAUUAAGCAAUGUGUCACAUGUGCCAAAUCUUUCUUUUAAUGCAUUUUAAUAACUUGGUUAAAACCACAAUACUAUACCUUUUACCCAUGAAAGUAAUACCAAAAAGAAAAGUAUUGAUAUUUUUCUCCCCAGAACAGUUACAUUAGCCUCAAGGAAUUCAGCAAAGGUUAACAGUGGUGCUGUCCUCUCUGUUUUUGUUUGCUUUUGCUGCAAUGUAUUGGUGACUUUCAUAUGGAAUAGUAAUAAAGGAUGUCGCUUUGAUAUAUGUGAUAACUCAUCCUUAAUAUUGCACGUGUGCCUCAUGGAAAUAUUUUCCAAAUAGCUAUUUUGUAAAUCUGAGCUGGCCUUUACACCUUUUAUCUAAUAGAAAAAUGAGUGGAUAAAAGAAGUGCAUCAAUGAAGUCAGUGGCAAAAAUCCUAUUGACAUUACUGGAACUAUGACUUCAGCUUUGAUAUGCUAGUAAUUUUCCAGAGCCCUAAGAAUAAUAUUGUUCCCCGUAAAUUUAUUUCAAAAAAGUACUUUGCAAUAAACAUCUUUUGAAAUAAGUUCUGUGAUGUCAGUUGGAAUUCAUGCAACUUCAUGAAGUGCUUUUAAAAUUGUGUAUAAAAUAGGCAGAUGCUAUGGCAUUUGGGCUCUGCUAUUGCCUAUCUGUGUUGUUUAACAUGUUUAAAGUGCUCUGAAUAUUCAGUGCAUGGGUUUAACUUAAAAUUGUAUAAGAUGUAUAAGUAGACUUCAAUACCACUGUUUCUGUGGCAGUUUUGUACAGUAUCUGCCUCAUAACUAAAUGAGCAAAGUAAAAUUGUUUUACAACACUUAUUUGUUGAUAGAUUUAUAUUUUACUGGAUUUUUUCAAGUUACUGAUAUAAAAUUACUUUCUUUAUAAACCUAAAAUAAAUCUAAAUUGAAAGUUCAGUGCUUUGGAGUUGUUUGCAAACUUUGUCUUGGUAUUCCAGAGUUGGAACACUGAGACAUCACAGAGAAACAGUAAAGACUUUAAAUGGAAAAUUGGGGAGUCCUUUUCCUCAAAUUUUGAAAUAAAAGUAUGAUUUCUUGGAUUUGAAGUGGUUUUUAAAUGUGUGCUGUAUGGAGAAUGAAGCAAGUAAAGAGGGCUCCCCAGGAAAUGGAGAUUGUGCUAUCUUCUUGGAAUUCAGAAGUACAGGAGAAAUGAUUUUAAAUAGAAAUGUACAUUUUGGUUAUCUGAAAAACUCUUUAUUAUGUCAGCCUAAAUGCUACUUGGCAAUAAAAUGUAUGAUUUUAA